AGGGACUCGCUAAUGUUUUGUUACGAUUAGCUGAUGUCUCCGUUACCCGUUAAACUUGGGUGAAUUACGCUUUAAUAGUAUGAGAUAUCGUUAGCUUAUUCUGAGGACUUUUUUUUGUAUCGACGCCCGAGUGUAAAAUAUGCCAGUCCAACUACAACCCCGAAGUAAGCCAUGCUAGCUAGCUAACAGCGCUUGUUGGUAACUAGCGCCUCUGAGCUGCUCUUUCCUCUCUGCAUUGCCUCUCUGCGGUCUGUGUUACUUCUGCCUGCUUUCAACUAGCUAGUCAGGUCCUGUCCUUGUAGUGUUUGUGGCCGAGUCUUAGGUAACGUUCGCUGCCUUUAUUGUAACUAGAGUUAUUCAGCAAGCAAAGCAAAGUCGCUAAGUUGUGACGUUGCCAAGCUACAUAUGUGUUUCAUUGUAUGAACGCUGCAUUUUUCCGAAGACUGUGACUUCACCUCACAGCACACUGUGGCGUGAUGUACCUAUACAUUCCUUUUAAAAGUGUUUUUAGUUAAUUGACUAAGUGAGGUCGAUCUCUUCUGUCUUAGCAGUAAACCCAUGUUUGUCCGACCCUUGAGUACAGUGGGCUCUGCUCCAGCUGUUGCUGCUGCUUGGAAACAGUGGUACUGGAGAAAUACAUUUCCACUCAUCAUCACCAGAAACCCCUUCACUUCCCCUAGACCCCCCUGUACUUUCACCUGGACUGAUUUGCACAGGAGUGAUCACCCAAGACACCUCCAUCUGUCUCCUGUCCUGAUGAAGCACCCUGACACAGAGCCUCCUGUUAAAAGGAGAAAGAGCUCGGAGUGUGAGCACUCAGGUGAAGGUGCACAGCCCAGCCCUAAACGCUCAGCUUCAGGAGAGAGACGAGAGCCCAGUCCUGCAUGGCUGCACAACAUCACAGAUGCACCGCUUCCUUCUGGGAAACUUUCCCCAAGCCUGGAUAGUACAAGGAUUAAAACAGAGUUAAAGAGGCAGUGGGAAGAGCUUACCGAGAGCUGUGCAAGCACAAGUUUUGGAACCUUCGAGUUCUCAGUGAUGUCCUACAAUAUUCUCUCUCAAGAACUACUUCUCAGCAAUGCUUACCUUUACAAACACUGUAACCCUCGUGUGUUGGAGUGGCGCCAUCGAUUCACCAACCUCAUCAACGAGCUGGAGCAACACGCCGCAGAUAUAAUGUGUCUUCAGGAGGUGCAAGAGGAUCAUUAUCGCAAGCAGAUCAAACCCAGUCUAGAACAACUAGGCUACCACUGUGAGUACAAACGCCGGACUGGCCACAAGCUUGAUGGCUGUAUGGUAGGUUUUAAGAAAUCUCGCUUCACACUCUUCUCCUCUCACCCUGUGGAGUUUUUCCGCCAAGGAAUCCCGAUCCUAGACCGGGAUAAUGUGGGACUGAUUGUGGUGCUGAAGCCCUUGGGGGCGUCAGGCUCCGAAUGCAACGUCUGCGUGGUCACCACUCACCUGCUGUACAACCCACGGCGUGGUGACAUCAAGCUAGCACAGCUGUCAUUACUGCUAGCUGAGAUCAGUCGCGUAGCACAGCAGGACGACGGUACGACCUGCCCGAUACUGCUGUGUGGGGACUUUAACUCAGUGCCCGCGAGUCCCCUCUACGCCUUUAUUACAGACAGCAAGCUGGAGUACGCAGGCAUGCCCAUCGGGAAGGUAUCAGGACAGGAAGAAAGCCCUCGAGGGCAGCGACUCCUCACAUCACCCCUUUGGCCCCCCAGCCUUGGCAUCUCCCCGCUGUGCCAGUAUGAAGGCCAAACUAACGAACCUGAUAUAAAGGAAUCAAAGCAAAGUGGUUCAAAAAAAUGCUUGAACAAACCUAGCAUUGAACAUGGUUUUAAGCUGACCUCGGUGUACUCUCACUACCUAAAAGAGAGCGGUCAUCGUGAAAUCACCACCUACCACUCACGCACAGCCAUUACUGUCGAUUACAUCUUCUAUUCACCAGCGCAGAGGGAAGAGUCAGGCUGGACAGAAUGCAGCGCUGCACCACAGCGAGGCCUACAGCUGCUUUCCAGGUUGACCCUGGUCAGCGAAGCCGAGCUGAGAGAAGUGAAAGGCCUGCCCAAUCAGUGCCACUCAUCUGACCACCUCCCUCUCGUUGCCCGGUUCCGUCUGCACUCCUGAGCUGCUCGUCUGUCUGAUGUUGUGUCGAAUUUGUAUAUUGAGUUUCAGGAUUUACACAUUAACCUAAAAGUGAUUGUUCAGUUGUUUUAGGCUUGAUGAUGAUUAAUUAGAUCUCUGGAACGUUGUUAUUCCUGCGGUUUCUAAGUGAAGUUGAUCAUUUUAGGUACAUCACCCAUGAUGAUGUGCAAACUGCGAUGAGUUUACAAAACGGGUUCUACACCAGCAAAACUGGAUUCCUUUACCCUCACCUGCAUUGCAUGAUGUAUAGAUUUGCUCUUAAUUGGGAUUUUUAAGACUGCCAUGUACUCAUAUCUGAUUUUAUUGAAGUUUUACUUUUAAUUUAUUAAGCAUGAAGUCCAAGCUCGUUUCUUAUGUUUUGUUUUUGGAGCACUGCUGAAUACCAUCCUGGAUCUUCGAAUUGUCUAUAAGGGUAAAUACUCAAGACUUUAUUUUACGCAUUUAUUUAAUGAAACUCCGCAGAACACGAAUCGUGUGAAAGGGACCUCACCACAUUCGAUGUAAAUAAAGUGCUUUAAAGUUAUACAUAAUCAGCUUAAACUGUAUGUAGUCUCAGUUUUCAUCCUUCUUUGAAGACUAAUAUUUUUCUGCCAGAUAUGCCCCAGAACCUCACAAUGGCAAUAAAAUUGAUAACACAUUAUCAAUAUUUGAUAUUUUCUACAGUAUGGAAUAAUAGGCAAUGUGUCUAUAAUUUGUAUUAUUUUACUAUUUUCUAAUCCAUUAUAGCAUUCAAAUAUAUAUUGAAGUCGAGUAUAUUAUUUGGAGUCCUAAUGUACGUUAAAUUAUAAGUUUAUGAAACAUAAAUUUCAUCUUUUUCAUUUGGUGCAUUUCAAGUCAGAUAUUUUAUAAUAAACAUUUGGAUCACAUGUGAAUCAAGACUCCACCUUUAAUUAAAUUCAAUUAAAUCCCUUGCCCAGCUUUACUCCAUCCCUUACAGUCGUGUUCAUUACAUCCUGAUAAGAUCUGUGAUCCAUCAGUGCUGGUUAUUUGAACUGUGUUCCAUAUGACCUGUAAAGACCAGCACUGAUGUCAAGCUGAAUGUGAUGCUGAUGGGUGAUAGUGUUCUAUCACAUCUAGUUUAAUCUCUAGCCACACAUUUGUCCUGUGACAGAAACCACUGAGAUGUUAUGUGUAUGUAAAUGGUUUUGGUAAUUGCGCAGGCUUUAUUUAUUAAAAAAACAACAAAGUAAGAAUAAUUACAUCUGUUUUUGUGGUUUGAUUAAAUAAUUUAAAAUAAUUACAUUUUUCAUAAUUAAUAUAGUAUUAACUACCAGGGAACAAAGAAGAAUUCAAAACAAAACAUUGUUUUAUUACAACAUACUACAGUUAAUAUAAUUACAUUAUGAGGAGGAAAUGCACCUUUAAAUGUCUUUACGUUUAAAUUGAAAAAAUAUAUAUAUAAAAAGUGUGCAAUUUUCUUUUUUCUUCAAAUUUUUCAUUUAUGAACAUGUAAAUAAUCUUUCCCUUGAUUAAUGUAUUUGAUUACAGUGUACAUAGUGAGACAAUAUGUAAUAACAAAUAUGAUAAUCAUGCCUAGAAAUAGUAAAUAAUAUUGACAAAUAUAUACCCUGCCCCAGGGGGAUUUUUUUUAACACCAAUUAGUGAUAGUGUGUACCACUGUUGUGCUACAGUGAUUUAACUGCAGUUUAUAAAAUCUUUCAACUAGAAUUUUAUUUCAAAAUAAUUUUUAAACACAUGUUCAGCAGAUUCUGAUGUAUUUGCAUCAACCAGCAGCUCAGUGACAAAAUGCAAAACCCAACGCAAUUUGUGAUGUCAUAAGUUGUUAAUUACUAAUACAUCAAAUGAAAAGAUCAUAAUCCAGCAUACGCUUCUUUAUACAAUCUCAAUCUGUAAUCUCACUAAAACCUCAGAUUUGGGGAUUGUUAGAUCACAUAAAGAUCAGAGACGUUCUCUACUGUAAAGUUAGGAACAUUUGCAGUGCUUCUACGAGUCAAAAUGGCAUCCUUUAAGUAUCUGAUCAAGUAGUGCACCAGGAUUUUCUUUUAAUGCGAUGGACAACAAAACACACACAUGCAAUGAAUGUACAAGUCAUUUUCUUUUUGUUAUUAAUUGCUACUGUUUGGAUAUACAGCAGAGUUCUGCGGCUCUGUGCUCAGUGUGUGAUCUGUGUAUUUAUGGCAGCUUAGUAAAUAAAAGCGUAUUUCUUUUGGAGCUCAGUAAGCAGUGUUUAAGUCAGGAUUCUUGAAUAAACCACUGAUCAACCAAAUCCCUGAAUAGUGUGCCUCCUAUCUGUAAUGAACAUAAUCCUUUCCCACGAAGCAGGGUUGCCAGAUUUGCACAUGAUGUCUGCAUAUUGCAGAUACUCCACUUAUUUGUUUGUUUGUUUGUAUCUGUAGUCGAAUUCACAUUUUCUGUUCAAUCUCAAUAGUUACAACCGUCAGACACAGAGGUCUUCUUUUGCAUAACAUUAAUAAGCUUAAUACACUUCAUGGCCUGUGACAAAAGCCAGAAUUGUAAAUACUGUUGAAGUGCCACUGUUUUGUUGUUGUUGUUGUUGCUGUUGUUGUUGUUUUAAAGUACCUAUGGAUUCUCAGUUUAUACAAAUCUUUAUAAAAAAAAGACCUGUUCAACAGAUGACGCUAACAUGUCAUUCCCAUUUUAAUGUAUUUGCACAAACAUGCAGUCCAUCAACAUAACAAAAUUCAGUAUGUAUGUUUUUUACAUGUAUCAGUCAUGUAAAAAAUAAAAAUAAAAUAACGCCAAUAAAAUUACAUGUGCAGCCUUGUUAAUGGACUAUGGAAUUGGAGAAAUGAACUGGCUUUGUAAUAAAAGCCAGAAUGGCCAGUUAUGUCAGGGUGUCAAAAAAAAAAGUACCUUUUGAUUCUAUUCAUACAAAUGUUUGGGACCUGCUCAAUGUCGUGCUAAUGCAAUCAUGCCAGUUUUAAUGGGUUCUUUUCUCCACAGCUCAGUAACAUAUACAGUUCAAAAGUCAACAGGAUUUGUGUUAUUUUCUAUUAUGUACAGGUGCUAUAUUACAUUACACCACAAGAUGGCAGCAUCAAA